AUGGGGUCAUGCAGCUCAAGAAGUGAUAAAGAUGAAGUCAAAGAUGUUAUUAAAAUUUAGAAAGGACAUAAUAAUGAAAUGGAGUAGUCAGCUGAUAAACGAUAAAAAGGAGCUUUGAAUAAAAGACUAAGCAUCAAUUACAACAAAAUUCCAAACAAAAUUCACAAAUAAGAUACCCGUUUUUAGCAAGGAAUAAUAGAAGUAGAUGAGAUAUCAGGUUUGGUUGGGUUAUCAAACUUGGGUAACACCUGCUUUAUGAAUUCAGCACUUCAGUGUUUAAGCAAUGUACCUCCUUUAUGUGAUUACUUUUUAAGCAAGCUGCAUGAAAAAGAAAUAAAUUAUGAUAGUUUUCUAGGUUCAUAGGGUAAAAUCACUCAAUAAUUUGCAGAAUUAAUGAUAGAUAUGUGGAAUACUUCAGAUAGUUAUAUUAUCCCUUAGAAGUUUUUAAGGGCUAUUGGUAAUUUUGGACCUUAAUUUGCUGACGGAUCUUAAUAAGAUUCUCAUGAAUUUUUGGCAUUUUUGAUGGAUAUUUUACAUGAAGAUUUGAAUAGAGUCAAAUAAAAACCUUAUAUUGAAGGUAAAGAUUAUAAUGGAAAUGAUUAUGAAAAAUAUGCUAAAGAGUGUUGGAAAGAAUAUUUGAUGCGUAAUAGAUCUAUUAUUGUAGAUUUGUUUUAAGGGUAGACCAAAUCGACUCUUAGAUGCUUAAAGUGUAAUACUGUUUCUCAUAAGUUUGAAACAUUUAUGUAUUUAAGUGUUCCUAUUCCUGACUCAUAAAAAUCUAAAAAAUUAUCUUCUAAGAGAAGUAUAGAAGAAGACAGCGAAUCAUUCUCCCUUUAAAGAUGCAUUUAAGAAUUUACUAAAGAAGAGAAAUUAGAAAGAGGUGAGCUUUGGUUUUGUCCUAAGUGCAAAAAACACUAAGAGUCAACUAAAAAGAUAGACUUGUGGAAAAUGCCUAAUAUCCUAAUCAUCCAUUUAAAGAGAUUUGAAUUUAAUAAAGACAGAAGAUGCAAACUUAGCAAUAAAAUUGAUUUUCCAAUUAAAAAUUUUGACAUUUCAAGUCUAACAGCUGGAAAAUAAAGAGAUAUUCCCAUCUAUGAUUUAUUUGCAGUUUCUAACCAUGGAGGAACGCUCUCAUCAGGUCAUUAUACAUCUUAUGCGAAAAAUAGAAUAGAUUAAAACUGGUAUUUCUUCAAUGACACUCAAGUUUAGUAUGUUGAAGAUCCAGAAGAUAAAUUAAGUAGCAGUUAGUCUUAUGUUCUCUUCUACUCAAAGACAAGUGUUGAAGAAUUUUAUAGGUAAACUCUUUCUGAUCCUGAAAGUUGGCCUCACUUUUAUGAUGAAGAUAAGCAAAGUAAUAAGUAAAAGGAAGAUGCUAAAGAGAGUGAAUUAGAUGAACUGAACAGAAAUAGGAGAAAAAGAAACACUAAGUAGCACACUUAUAAAUUCACAAAUGAAAUUUAAAAAAGAGACUCUAAACUAUACCCGACUAUUCUUCCUUAAAAUUCUAAUAUUUAAAAUAUCGAAGAAAUUAACAACAACACAAAUUAAAAUAGAAAUGGAAGUCAAACAAGACUUAAUAAUGGAAAAAGCUAGACAAACAUAAAAAGCUAAACAUAGUUUGAAAUGAUGAAUUCUGUUAUAAACGAAGAAGAAUUUUAAGGUAAUUUGGAUUAUAGUUUGAAUAUUAGUAAGGAGAUUAAAUAACUAGAUAAAAUGAACUCAAAGACCUUAAAAAGUAAUAAAAUAUAAGUCUCAAAUAGCUCAGUAAAAUAAAGAAAUAUUUAAUAUUUUGGUAAUGAUUAAAAAUCUGCAAGUAUAAACGUAAUUAUUUCUCCUCGAGAUGAGAAUAAGAAUUAGAAUUAGAUACAAAACAGUAGAUAUCACAUUGAAGAUUCAUAUGCAAAAAACCUAUCCACUUAAAAUAAUUAACAAGCUUACAAUUAUAAGAUAUAAGCCUACCUAGGUAUGAGUGGAAAUGUGAACGUAGCUAAUUAUUGUAAUUUUGGUUCUAAUAGGACAUCAAAUGUGAGAGUAAAUCAAGGACCAGGUGGUAAUAGCUCUUUAAGCUUAGCAUGGUGCACUGAUGACACAUAGAAGCCAAGUGUUAGAAGCGGAAGUUAAAAUAAUUAUUAUCAAAGGGAAAGCAAUUCUUAUGGUAAUUAGUAUCAGAAUUCCUACAAAAACGAUAAAGGUAACAACUCUGAUAAUUAAAAAUACAAUCCCAUCACUGGAAACCCUGUUUCAAGCUAUAAUGCAAACAAUUACGCUUAAGAGACCAAAUACUAAGAAGACAACUUCAACCAAAACCAAAAUCGUUAUGACCCAGGUGACAUUAAUUAGUAUUAUGUGUAGCAAAAGAAGCAAUAAGGAUAUAACCAAGAUAACUAUGAUGCUUAUUAGAAUAAUAAUGCUAAUAGCAAUCCUUAUAGUGCCAAACCUCCUGUUUUUGGUAAGAGAGUUGAGACAAAAACUGAAAGUAACUAUGAUAACAACAAACAGUCUAUCAAGGUACACCAAACUCCAGGCGGUAGAUAAAAUUUCUAAAUUGGAGGAGAUUAUAACUACUUUAAAGAUGAUGGCGGUAAUGAUAAAAUAGGUGGUUACAAAGGUAACUCACCACAAAAAAGUGACUCCUAUUAAGCAUUGAAGAACAAUUAUCGCAAUAUGGUCUCAAACGAACCACCACAAUAAAAUUAUUAGUAAGAAUAUUAAUAAAAGUAUAUGGCAAACAAUUAUGCUAACAAUUCCGGAAGCAGUAAUAGAUCUUCCAGCUAAAACAUAUACAACAAUGAUCCAUAUGCAAGAAACCAAAACUAAAACUAUGGAAACUAUUACCAAUAGUAGCAGCAGUAAAGUAAUUAACCACGUCAACCAAAUAAUCUCUAAGACGUCAAAUUUGGCUAUAGAGUGAACUAGCCUCCUGGUGGAAAAAGCAACAUCACUUUCGGUUGA